AUGUAUUGGAAUCACGAUCCGGAAGAGGAGUUCGAGUUGCUGGAGCUAAUAGGAGAAGGAGCCUAUGCAACGGUGUACAAGGGGAGACACAAGGAAGAUGGAUAAAUAGUGGCAAUCAAAAUAAUUCCAAUGGUUGAUGAGGUUGACAAUUUGGUGUAGGAAAUAAAGAUUUUGAAAGAUUGUUAACAUCCGAACAUUGUGUCUUUUUUAGGAUCUUAUUACAAGGAGAGCAAUCUCUGGUUAAUAAUGGAAUAUUGUGAAGCGGGUUCUGUGUUGGGUCUAAUUGAAGUGAUGGAGCGAGGGUUGACUCAGGAAGAGAUCAGUGCGAUUAUGUAUUCGACAUUGUUGGGGAUUGAAUACCUACAUUCAAACAAGAAAAUCCAUAGAGAUAUAAAGGCAGGGAACAUUUUGUUGGAUCACAAGGGUUAAGUGAAAUUGGCAGAUUUUGGAGUUGCUGCUUAAUUGACUUAUUCAUGUGCAGAUAAAGGGACAUUUAUAGGAACUCCAUUUUGGAUGAGUCCUGAAGUGAUUAGCAAGUCUCGUUACAAUUAAUUGACUGACAUUUGGUCCCUUGGAGUCACAGCAAUCGAAUUGGCAGAAGGUGCUCCACCAUAUUCUCAUAUUCAUCCAGUCAGAGCCAUGUUUGCCAUCAAGAAUAAUCCGCCCAUAGGACUUACCAAACCUGAAUUGUGGUCGAAGGAAUUCAAUUAAUUUGUUAAAGCCUGUUUAAAAGUUGAAGUCAAUGAGAGACCAACUGCAUAACAAUUAUUGCAAUACACCUUUAUUAAACAGGGAAAACAACAUUAAAAAAAGUUACUAACUCUAGUGGAGCAAUAUUCAAAAAAAUUAGAAGAAGCAAGAUUAACCAAAUUGCAGAAGAAUGAGAAUAGUCAGUAAUCAAUUAAGGAUUAGGUUCCAUUGACUAUUAUUUCCAAUUGUGAAGAGGUCGAUGAUGAGAUGACUCAUGGUGAUUAUGGGACUCUUGUCAUUAAGGAUUAGAUGAUUCAAGCUAAGGAGGAACCUGAUUUCUUGAAGUGGAAUAAAAUGGACUAAUAAAUAAGUGAUCAUCAAAAGAAGAAGGUUGAACACACCAAAGAAUUGAGUUUAGAAGCGUAGAUCUAGAACAUGAGUUUGGAUGAGAGAAAGAGACUUAAGGGUCAGAUUGAGUAAUAGAUGCAUGAAGAAUUAGAAUUGGUUAAAAAGAAGUAUGCUUCAAAAUUGGAUUUAUUAAAUGCGAAGAUUAAAGAGGAAGAAGAUAAAAAGAAACAAACAUAACAACCUUUGAAUUUGCCCUUCAGUUUCCAGGUCAGCUAGGAAGUACUGUAGUAAUUGGCCAAUGUUAAGACUCCUUUAAUUAAAUCUCAAUAAGUUAAGCAAGCCAAACCUCCUCCUUUUGAGUUUAUACCUAAAUAGAAAUUAUGA